AUGGAUGGUGGGAUCAUCAAGGAGCUUGAAUUUCAGAACGAAACAGCGAGAUCGCAGAGUGUUAAAGAAGAGGUUCAGAACGAAACAGCGAGAUCGCAGAGUUGGUUCCCAAAGCUGCAAACCGUGGCAACUGCUCAGGAUGAGGAAGCCAAAAAGGCAGCGAUAAGUGAGGUGGAAGAAGGCUUGGGGGUGUUGGAGGGUGCCUUCCAAAGUUGCAGCAAAGGGAAGAAAUUCUUUGGGGGAGAGAGAAUGGGGUUCUUGGACAUUGCACUGGGAUGCUUUAUGGCCUGGAUAAGGGUGACCGAGACAUUUAACAGGAUUAAGUUUGUGGAUGAAGCUAAGGUUCCUGGUUUGGCCAAUUGGGCACAAGAUUUCUGCGCUGAUGAUGCCGUGAAGGAUGUGAUGCCUUCCACUGAGAAACUAGCCGAGUUUGCAAUGAAGAUGUUUACCCAUAUGAAACCCCAAUCUUAG